AUGCAUCACAGUCUGCGUGCCUUUGCGGCUGCAGCCUUACCUGCAAUUGUUGUCGCGUCGGUCAUUCAGCAGCCAAUUGACAGCUUUGAUCAUACUCAAGGCUAUCAAUUCGAUCCUCUUCUCCACCUCCCGGGAAUAUCGCCAUAUUUCGAUGCCGUAGGAUUUGGAUUGUCGCACGCUGCACCUGAAGGAUGUACAGUCACAGCUGCGUCGUAUCUCAUCCGACACGCUGCGAUUUACGCCAAUGACGCCGAGUAUGAGGACUACAUCAAGCCGUUCCUGUACAAGCUCGAGAAGCAUCGCGGCGACUUCUCUGGACCACUUGAAUUUCUGAACAAAUGGUACUCACCAAUCGAAGAGAACCAUCUCGAAGAUGUCACUCCCUCAGGCAAGGUCGACGCGAAGAAAGUCGGUCACCACCUUGCGAAGCGCUAUCGAAACCUAGCGUCAUCGGUAAAGCGCGUCAUCGCCGAUACAAAAGACAGAACCUACGACACAGCCGAGGCAUUUCUCCAAGCGUUCCCCGAAAAUGGAAAUAUCGAAAUUAAGCGCUUUGACAAGAAGGAAUUGAACAACGGCACGCGCGCUCUUCUCCCUCACAAGGCGUGCUCCAAGUUCUCUAAAUCUCCUGGUACGGAACAGCAGCAGAAGUUUGUCAAGAACUAUGCAAGUGGCGUCGCGAAACGCUUACGUCCGUAUACGCCUGACGACUACGAACUCGACCCUUUCGAUGUUUUUGCGCUCCAAUCAAUUUGCGGCUACGAAUCUGCAAUUCGAGGAAAGAAAUCUCCCAUUUGUGGAUUGUUUUCUGAUGCCGAGUGGCUUUCGUAUGAAUAUGCUUGGGAUAUGAAAUAUGCUCACAUGGUCGGGCCUUUCAAUCCCCUGUCGAACUACCUCGGUUUUCCGUGGUUGCAUUCACAGUCUAAGCUAUUCAGCAAAAUCGAUGAGAACUCAGAAUUGAUUGAUGAUGAAUCAUCGGGAUGGCCUAAGGAGCAGCGCCUAUUUUUCUUCUUCACCCAUCGCGAAGUCCCUCCAUUCGUCGCUACAGCUCUAGGAAUCUUCAACUCCUCUUCCAGCCAAGGAUACGAUGAAUUCCCCACUACACACGUCAACCACGUUCGAGCUUGGAAAAUGUCUGAUCUCAUUCCAUUCUUAGGCCAUGUUGGCAUGGAGAAGAUGACAUGCGAGAGACCAGUUGCUAAAGAUGGCACAUCUGAGAAGGAGGAGUACAUCAGAUUUAUUGCAAACACGGCACCUCGACCCUUGCCUUUAUGUCAAAAUGGUCCAGGGGCAAGUUGUCCAUUCAAGGAGUUUAAGAAGAUUGUUAGUGCGGGCAUGGAGAAAUACGGGGACUUUGACGGCGUUUGUGAGAACAAGCAAGAGAAGGAUGAUGAGUUGUAA